AUGGCGGCUGUCGAUGUAGAUAUUGGUUUAGAUAUGAUGGAGCGGAUCCUGAUACGAUCGGAUGCGGAAGAUCUGUUGAGAUGGAAGAUCGUCUGUAAGUCAUGGUAUUCUUUAAUCCCCACUCCUUAUUUUGUUGAUUCCCAUCUAAAACAUAAUCGUGAAUUUAGUAAUAACAAUAAUGCUAAAAGGAUGAUUGGGAUAGCCCGCGAUGAUGCAUAUCUUAUGGAAAAUUAUUUAUAUAUCAUUGGUUGUGCCAAUGGCCUCGUAUGCGUCUCUCCCCAAGGCUUUGAAUUUUUAGUUAUGAAUCCAUGUACUAGACAGACCAUGAAAAUACUUGAACCCCCACCUGAACCUCUUCCUGAGAGUGACCAAAGGUGGGAGUUGGUUUGGGGGUUCGGUUAUGAUUCAUCCAACAACGACUACAAGAUUGUAGUAGGCCUUGUGACGGAAAGACGAACCACACGUUUUUAUGUUCUUUCACUGAGGACACUCCUUUGGAAGUUUAUUGAAGAAAUCAAGUAUUUAUAUGUGGAGACUAAUAUUUGCGGCAUCUUUUGUGAUGGGGCACUUCACUGGCUUAUGUCGAUUUGGAAAACUCGUAAGCUAGUCAUUUACUCUUUUAAUUUAUCUCGAGAUAAAUUUACAAAGACUCAACCACCACCCGGCGUCGAUGAUAACGACUUCAAGAAACUUACUUGCAUGGGGGCCAUAGAAGAAUCUCCGUACCUUAUACAAUCUCAUUGGGAACUACCCACCAAGAUAUGGGUAUUGAGAAGCAACAAUAGUGGAAAACAAUCUUGGGUUUUGUUGCCGGAUAAUUAUGUGAUAAAUUGUGAUGCUGUAUGCUUCAUGAGCGAUGACGAUUACUCUGUUUAUUAUACACUAUCACCUGAUUUUGAAUUCAACACUCUUGACUACAUUACUGCCCCUAUUUAUGUGCCGAGUCUUGUAUCUCCCCAUGUUAAAUUGGAUUCUAGUUCUAAAUUCGGCUCUAACGACACAACUAUUAUAGUGGAAGAUGAAGCAGCUUGCAAAGAGGAAUGCUCUAACCCUAUAUAUGUGCCGAGUCUUGUAUCUCCCCAUGUUAAAUUGGAUUCUAGUUUUAAAUCCGGCUCUAACCACAUAACUAUUUCAGUGGAAGCGGAAGCAGCUUGCAAAGAGGAAUGCUCCUAA